AUGCGCUUCCCAGCACCAGCAUCCCGCUGUCUAGCCCUCGCAUCCCACCUCCGCUAUCCCACCUUCAACCAGCUCCCCUUCUUGAUCUCCCGCAACUUCUCAGUCCUCCCCUCAAACAUGGGCUCCUCCUCCCAACCGGGGGGUCUCCCCCUCAAAUCCCUCCCCAAAUCCUGGACCCUCCCUUCCCUCCACCCCCCAAACCCCUUAAAACCCACCCCCCUUUCGUCUCACAACACCCCCCGCGAUGAAAUCACCCCCCGCCAGGUCCGCAACGGCCUCUUCACCUACGUCCGUCCAGAACACCAAUCGAGCUACCAACUCCUCGCCAUAUCCCCCGCCGCCUUCAAAACCCUAAACCUCUCCCUUUCCGAGGCCACCACGCCUGAAUUCGCCGAGACGGUAGUCGGUAACAAGCUCUGGGAUUUUGACGAGACGGACGAAUCGAAUCGGAACUACCCCUGGUCGCAAAACUAUGGUGGUUUCCAGUUUGGUAGCUGGGCCGGGCAGUUGGGUGAUGGACGGGUUAUCAGCUUGUUUGAGACAACAAGCGAGCAGACGGGAAAGAGAUACGAAGUCCAGCUGAAAGGCGCGGGCAUGACGCCCUACUCCCGCUUUGCCGACGGAAAGGCGGUGCUGAGGAGUAGUAUAAGGGAGUUCAUCGUCUCUGAGGCUCUCCACGGCCUCGGCAUUCCGACCACCCGCGCUCUGGCUUUGACGCUCUUGCCGGAGGAGAGGGUUAGACGGGAAAGGAUGGAGCCAGGGGCGAUCGUGGUCAGGUUUGCAGAGACGUGGAUCAGGCUAGGGAAUUUUGAUUUGUUGAGGGCGAGGGGGGAGAGGGGCAAUAUGAGGGUUUUGGCUGAUGUUGUCGCUCAGCAUGUUUACUCUGGCUGGGAGAACCUCCCCGCCAGGUUAGAAGAGGGACAAACCGAGCCGAAGACCGGCGUGAAAAAGGAAACAGUGGAGGGACCAAAAGGGGAGGAGCAAAACCGGUAUUCCCGCCUCUACCGCGCCAUUGUCCGUCGCAAUGCAGCUACUGUGGCCAGGUGGCAGGCGUACGGGUUUAUGAACGGGGUUUUGAACACUGACAACACGAGUAUCUUUGGGUUGUCGAUGGAUUUCGGACCGUAUGCGUUUAUGGAUGUUUUUGACCCGAGUUAUACGCCUAAUCAUGAUGAUCACAUGUUGCGGUACAGCUACAGGAACCAGCCGACGAUUAUAUGGUGGAACUUGGUGAGGUUGGGGGAGGCGUUGGGGGAGAUGAUGGGGAUUGGGGAGAGGGUUGAUGAUGAGGAAUAUGUUGAAAAGGGCGUGGUGGGGGAGGAGAUGGAGAAGGAGAUGGUGGGGAGGGCGGAGAAGGUUAUCGAGCAGGCGGGGGAGGAGUAUAAGCAGGUGUUUUUGGGCGAGUACAAGAGGCUGAUGAGUGAGAGGUUGGGGUUGAAGGGGGUGAAGGAGGAUGAUUUUGAUGGGUUGUUCAGUCCGCUGCUUGAUGCUAUGGAGGCGUCGGAGCUGGAUUUUAAUUUGUUUUUUAGGAGGUUGUCGAGUGUCAAGGUGGCUGAUCUGGAGAGUGAGGAGGGGAGGACGGAGCAGGCAAAGGUGUUUUUUUAUCGGGACGGGUUGAGUGAGACGAGCAGCGACGACCUUGAAAAGGUUGCUGAUUGGCUUGCGUUUUGGAAGGAGAGGGUGGUGGAGGACUGGGGUGAGGGGAAGGAUGAGGAGAGGAUCAGGGCGAUGAAGGCGGUCAACCCUAAUUUUACGCCGAGGGGGUGGAUCAUGGAUGAGCUGAUCAGACGGGUCGAGAAGGAGGGGGAGAGAGACGUGCUAAGAGUGGGGCUUAUU